UAUAUAUAUCAAAAAGAAGUAAAUAAUACCCCAAAAUUUUGAUCUAUCCAUAAAUAUAUAAAAUAUCAUAAAUCAAUCAUCAGUUCUAUCGAUCAGUGGUAAAAAAAAAAAAAAAAUGGAGGUUGGUACGAGUUCAUCAUCCGGUGGUGGCGCGUUUGAAGUGGAGCAAGAUUCAGAGGCUCUUCCGGCGGAGGUGGAGGCGGAGGCACCGUUAUGGAAGCUGAUAGUAGUAUCGGCGAUAGCCGCCGGAGUCCAAUUCGGAUGGGCCCUACAGCUAUCCCUCCUCACUCCAUACGUGCAGCUGCUGGGAAUCCCUCACAAAUUCUCCUCCCUCAUUUGGCUAUGCGGUCCAAUCUCCGGCCUCAUCGUCCAGCCUCUAGUAGGCUACUACAGCGACAACUGCACUAACCGCUUUGGCCGCCGUCGACCCUUUAUUUUCAGCGGCGCACUCCUGGUGAUCUUCGCCGUCAUCCUCAUAGGAUUCGCCGCCGAUAUAGGCCACUCUUCCGGAGACCCGCUGGGGAAAGUAACCAAACCCCGCGCCACCAUUAUAUUCAUCGUGGGUUUCUGGAUCCUGGACGUGGCCAACAACAUGCUACAAGGGCCGUGCAGGGCGCUGCUGGCGGAUCUGUCGGGCGGGGAUGGGAGUAAAACUCGAUUGGCAAAUACUCUCUUCUCGUUUUUCAUGGCGGUUGGGAACAUUGGCGGCUAUGCCGCCGGCGCCCAAUCCACCCUCUAUAAAAGCUUCUCUUUCACACUCACCGACGCAUGCGACGUCUACUGCGCCAACCUGAAAAGCUGUUUCAUUAUCUCCGCAGUCCUGUUGUUGAUCGUAACCGCGGUGGCCGUAACCUGCGUGGGCGAGAUCCAGUACACAAAGAAGGCGACGGAAGGAGGGGAGGGGAAGGUGCCAUUCGUCGGGGAACUUUUUGGGGCCUUCAAGAAUCUCCCCAGGCCCAUGCUCAUCCUCCUCAUAGUCACGGCUCUCAACUGGAUCGCGUGGUUCCCGUUCCUCCUCUACGACACGGAUUGGAUGGCCCGGGAGGUUUACGGCGGAGAAGUGAACGACAAUGGAUUAUACGACAAAGGUGUGCGCGCAGGAGCAUUGGGUCUGAUGCUCCAGUCAGUGGUUUUGGGAUUCAUGUCCAUUGGAGUGGAGCUCCUGGCACGUCAGCUUGGUGACGUCAAAAUGCUGUGGGUUGGUGUUAACUUUAUUUUGGCCAUUGGUUUAGCCCUCACAGUAGCCGUCACCAAAGCCGCAUCACACUCCAGAAAAUACGACGCUCAUGGCCACCCCCUCCUGCCAAAUUCCAGCGUCAAGGCCGGAGCUUUGGCUAUAUUUUGCGUUCUGGGUAUCCCUCUAGCAGUGACUUUCAGCCUUCCGUUCGCCCUAGCAUGCAUCUAUUCAAGUGAUGCUGGUUCUGGGCAAGCUGGUCUCUCCCUUGGUGUUCUCAAUCUUGCAAUUGUUGUGCCACAGAUGUUUGUAUCGUUUUUAAGUGGACCCUGGGAUGCAUUGUUCGGAGGAGGAAAUUUGCCGGCAUUCAUAGUGGGUGCAGUAUCUGCGGCGGCGAGUGGGAUAUUAGCAAUCACUCUGCUUCCCAAACCAAGAUCAGAUGGCAAGAUUGUGAUACCCUAGUUCUAGUAGUAGUGAGCAGCUUUAGCGAUUCCACACCUUUAAUUGAUAUAAGCUAAGGGGAAUAGCAAAGAUGAAUAUGCAUAUGCUUCUUCUUCAUGGCAUGCAGUUCCACAUACUGUUGUCCUCUACUGUCCGGAAAUUAAACCCCCAGAAUAAUUCCUCUCCGGCGAGACGACGAUGCUUUUGCUUAUUGUACUUAAUCACUUUAAGACUUGGAUGAUGAGUGGAUUUUUGUUGUUCUUAAUUAAUGUGAAAAUAGUACUAUGA